UCGUUUUCUUUUUCGCUAUCAGGCGAUUUCAAGCGUUUCUCUUUUGCCCGUAUUUGACUCUGUACUUACGCGGACGCGACCACCUUCUUAAAUCUCAUUUAAUUUAUCUCUCUCACCCCCCCUUCUCUCUCUUCUUUUUCUCUCUCUCCGCCGUCCGCCGCCGUCGUGCCGGAGCACCGGUCUCCGCCAGCGAUUUCAUCCGAAAACCGCCGUCUUUACUCUCCAUUGGCCGGAAAACCGCUUUCCUUGUCUAAAACCACUUUUCUUUCAGUCCACGCCAGUCCAGAACCGCCUUCGAGACAGCUGACGCUGGUUUCGAGUGGUGGUGCUAGGGUUUAGGCCUGGACGGUGUUUUUUGGAGCUUGUGAGGGAGUGACGGAUCUGUGAAUUCUAGGCUUGUGAAUUAGAGAGUUGGAUUUUGGUGAGAGUAGAUGUGAAAGGUUGAUGGUAAGAGAGUGUUGUUGUUGUUGUUGUUGUUGUUGUUGAUGAUGUCCGGAACUCAUCAGAGCAAUCGCAGAUGGAGGUGGUGUUCCGGUGAAUUUCUCACAUGGAAUGGCAGAUCUUGUUAGCUAUGGUAAUGCCAACCGUAAUAUCGAGCAGGCAUUAAUUGCUCUAAAGAAGGGUGCUCAAUUGCUUAAAUAUGGUCGUAAGGGAAAGCCGAAGUUUUGUCCAUUUAGGCUUUCUAAUGAUGAAUUAUCUCUGAUCUGGAUUUCUAGUAGUGGUGAAAGAAGUUUGAAGUUAGCUUCAGUUUCAAGAAUCAUUCCUGGACAAAGAACUGUUGUUUUCAAACGGUAUCUGCGCCCUGAAAAGGACUACUUGUCCUUUUCUCUUAUAUACAACAACGAAAAGCGAUCCCUUGAUCUGAUCUGCAAGGACAAAGUUGAGGCGGAGGUGUGGAUUGCAGGCCUCAAAGCAUUAAUAUCCCCUGGCCAAGGUGGGCGCUCAAAAAUUGAUGGAUGGAGUGAUGGAGGCCUUUAUUUUGAAGAUAAUAGAGACUUAACAUCAAAUAGUCCGAGUGAUAGUUCUGUUAGUGUUACGCAAGAUAUUAGCUCUCCAGAGGUUUCUGUCUGUUCCAACGCAAAUUCUUCUCCAAAGAGUUACAGGCCUGACAAUUCUGUUAAUUCUGAAAGAUCAUAUGUAGCUUUGGACCAAGCAAAUAUGCACGUUAAAGGAUCUAGUGCAGAUGCUUUUCGAGUUAGUGUAUCUAGUGCCCCCAGCACUUCCAGUCAUGGUUCUGCUCCAGAUGAUUAUGAUGCUUUAGGGGAUGUAUAUAUAUGGGGUGAGGUUACAUGUGAUAAUCUUAGCAAGGUUGGGGCUGAUAAAAAUGCCAACUCUUUGAGCGCAAGAGCUGAUGUAUUUCUUCCAAGGCUGUUAGAGUCCAAUGUAGUUUUGGACGUACAACAUAUAGCCUGUGGGGUCAGGCAUGCCGCCCUUGUCACCAGGCAAGGUGAAGCUUUCACCUGGGGUGAAGAAUCUGGAGGACGCCUUGGUCACGGCAUUGGUACAGAUCUUACUCAACCCCGUUUAGUUGAAUCCUUAGCAUUUUGUAGCAUUGAUUUUGUUGCAUGUGGUGAGUUUCAUACUUGUGCGGUUACAAUGGCCGGUGAACUUUAUACAUGGGGAGACGGCACACAUAAUGUUGGACUUCUUGGUCAUGGCACUAAUUUGAGUCAGUGUAUACCAAAGAGAAUUUAUGGUCCUCUUGAGGGACUUCAAGUUUCUAUGGUAACUUGCGGUCCAUGGCACACGGCCUUGAUAACAUUAUCUGGUCAACUUUUUACAUUCGGGGAUGGAACUUUUGGUGUCUUGGGCCAUGGAAACAGGGAAAGUGUUCCAUAUCCAAGAGAAGUAGAAUCUCUGUCAGGGUUGAGGACAAUUGCUGUGUCAUGUGGGGUGUGGCACACUGCUGCUGUGGUGGAGGUUAUUGUUACACAAUCUAGUGCUAGUGCUUCGUCUGGUAAAUUGUUUACAUGGGGGGAUGGAGAUAAAAAUCGCCUUGGACAUGGAGACAAGGAACCUCGGCUAAAACCCACGUGUGUGCCAGCACUUAUUGAUUACGAUUUUCACAAAAUUGCUUGUGGCCAUAGUUUAACUGUUGGUUUGACCACUUCAGGACAAGUUUGUACAAUGGGAAGCACUGUUUAUGGUCAGCUGGGCAAUCCCCGGUCUGAUGGAAAAGUACCUUGCUUGGUGGAAGAUAAGCUCAUUGGGGAAUCUGUUGAAGAGAUUGCAUGUGGUGCAUAUCAUGUAGCAGUGUUAACAUCCAAAAAUGAGGUCUAUACAUGGGGAAAGGGAGCCAAUGGGAGGUUAGGCCAUGGGGAUAUAGAGGAUCGCAAAACACCAACUCUGGUUGAAGCUUUGAAGGAUAGACAUGUUAAAUUUGUCGCCUGUGGUUCAAACUACACUGCAUCUAUAUGUCUUCACAAAUGGGUUUCUGGUGCCGAGCAGUCCCAGUGUUCAGCUUGUAGACAAGCUUUUGGUUUUACCCGGAAGAGGCACAACUGUUACAAUUGUGGACUUGUGCAUUGCCAUUCAUGUAGUUCCAGGAAAGCAUUAAGAGCAGCCCUGGCCCCUAAUCCCGGAAAACCAUAUCGGGUAUGUGAAUCCUGUUUUGCCAAACUGAGCAAGGUGGCAGAGGCUGCUGCUAAUAACAGGAGGAAUGCUUUACCUCGCCUUUCAGGUGAAAACAAGGACAGGUUAGACAAGGCUGAGAUUAGGUUGUCCAAGUCGGGAAUGCCUUCUAAUCUUGAGUUAAUUAAGCAAUUAGAUAACAAAGCAGCCAAACAAGGAAAGAAAGCUGAUACGUUCUCAUUAGUUCGUCCCUCUCAUGCACCUUCUUUAUUACAGCUGAAAGAUGUGGUUAUGACUACCGCUUUUGAUCUUCGUCGACCAGUUCCCAGACCAGUUCUUACAUCAUCUGGUGUUAGUUCCAGGUCUGUGUCACCAUUCUCUAGGAAACCUAGCCCACCACGUUCUGCAACGCCUGUUCCUACUACCACUGGGCUUUCUUUUUCCAAAAGUAUUACUGAUAGUUUGAAGAAAACAAAUGAUCUUUUGAAUCAAGAAGUUCACAAAUUACGUGCACAGGUUGAGAGCCUUCGACAUCGGUGUGAACUUCAAGAAUUGGAGCUUCAGAAAUCAACAAAAAAAGCCCAGGAAGCUACAGUACUUGCUGCAGAAGAAUCUGCUAAAUCUAAAGUUGCAAAAGAAGUGAUAAAGUCACUUACAGCACAGAUCAAAGAUAUGGCCGAGAUGCUGCCAACUGGGGUCUAUGAUGCAGAUCGCAUGAAGACAAUUUACCUACCAAAUGGUUUGGAGCCAAAUGGCAUUCACUACCCUGACGCAAAUAGAGAGAGCCAAUCUGAUUCGACCAACAGCUCUGGCUUGUCCUCCUCCAUGGGAACUGACUCUGUUACAGUAAAUGGAAGACCAAGCUCUGGUGAAUUGUCAAGGGAACCACCACCAGUAGGCAAGGAAACAAAUGGAAGCCAGGGGCUUCUGAACUCUAGUGGGAGGGAUGACAAUUUGAAUGUUAGACUUCCGAAUGGUAAUGGAGGGGUUAGUGUGUCGGAGCCUCUUGACCGCAAGGAGUCAGGACCGGUCCAAGAUGGUGACACUACUAGUACAAGAUCUAGGAAUUCGACGUUGGCUGGAAAUGCUAAUCAAGUUGAGUCUGAAUGGAUUGAGCACUACGAGCCUGGUGUGUAUAUAACACUUGUGGCCCUCGAGGAUGGAACAAGAGAUCUCAAACGAGUGCGCUUCAGCCGGAGAAGGUUUGGUGAGCACCAAGCAGAGACGUGGUGGUCAGAGAACCGUGAAAAGGUUUAUGAUAAGUACAACGUUCGUGGCACAGAUAAAUCAUCGGUCUGACCUCCAUCUGCCCAACAGUAGCAAAAUGAUUGGAGGAAAGUUUUCUAUCAAACCCUUUUGUAUCCGUCAGUUGUGAAGGUUUCUUAGGUUGAGCAUUAGACACAAGAUUGGACGUAAAUGCCCCUUACCCUUGUUUUUUUUAUUACCCCGAUUUCUUCCCAUUUCAUAAUUUAUGUUUUGGUUCAUUUUAAUUUUCUGGGUAUUAUUUGCCCGUCUUUUUUUGGUGGGUAGGUUGGGUAAUGUCAUAAUUACUCGUUGAUCCAUCUGUUGUAUUGUAGUGUACAUAAAAUCGCCAAUUGUGAUAAAUCUCGGCUGAAAGAGUUCUUUCAUUUCUUGGUUUUUCUUCCA